AUGCACUAUCAUAUUAAGAAAUGUUUAAAGGAGGCUAAUCUUGCAAAUAUUAGCCAUGAUGAGCCAAUUAGUUCCUCAAUUAUUGAUACUGAAAAUCCACCUGAUUGGCUCAAAAAUGAAUUUUCUAGUAGAAAGUGGAAAAUGAUAUCUGAUAAUAGUAGCUAUGAUAUAGCAAUAAAAGAACAUUACCAGUGGAUAAGAAGGCAAGGUGAUUAUAAAAAAUAUAAUAAUGAAAUUAAUAAAGGUACAUGGCAAAUUGAUACCAUAUCGAUGCCUCUUAAAUAUUUAUCAAGAUCUCUUAGGGAAGCCUUGUUAAUAAUGUAA